UGCAAAGUGAUGCAGAAUCUGGAAAAUGGCUGGCAAAAGGGCUCUUGUAAGCAGUAGUUACCACUAAGUGCAGAGCUGUCAGUGGUCAAUGGUAUGCUGUGGAAGACAAACAGAAUAGUGAUACCUACUUCAAUGCGUCAGGAGAUUCAGAGUGCAUGAAGGACAUCUUGGAGCUGAGAAAUGUGGGUGCUGUUUGAGGGGAUCAACUACCGGGGUGCUCAGAUUCUGCUGAAGCCCGGUGAGGUGCCUAAUUGGCGCACGUUCAGUAGCUGGCAGCGAAUCGGACCCCCGCGCCCACUUAUCCAGCGACAGGUGUACUUCCGGUUGAUAUUGAAGACGUCAAUCUGAUGCGUAUCCAGUUAAUGGAGGAGAAGGGCGGAGUCAAACAGAUCUGGAUCUAUCAAGACGGACAUCUCCACCGCAAGAUGCUUGAGGAUUGCUGUGUUGCUCCAUCCGCUAUACCGCCGCAUCCGACCUUGCUCCUGGAGGUCAAUGAUGGACAACACUACGACAACAAGCUGAUGAUUCUCAGCGUGUUUGAUCCAAACAAACCCAACCAAAGCUGGAGAGUGGAGAUACUCUGAGAUCUUGUUGUGAGAAGACAAAAAUGGGUGAAGUCACUGAGGUACAGCUCGCCGAGGGGCCUCAAAGCUCUGUGGCGCAACUGGAGAGUGGGCCCCAUUUAGGCCUCAAGGACAAGAUGCCUCUGGAACAGAACAUUUGCUGCUGGAAGAGGAGCUCAUAUACAGUAUACUCUUUCCUUUGAGGUCAACAAGGAAAAUAUAUUGACGUUCCAGGAAAAUCUGUAAUAUUGCAUUAUUCUUUACAUACAAACAGGGACAAAGCAAUAGUAUUCAUUACUCCAAAACGAGAAAGGGGACUCAGAAGAGUAAACUUGAAAUACUUUACCUAUGCAUUAAUAUUAUCUGAUAACAUAGUUAUGAGGUUGACAUUGUCACUUUUUUUAAUGAAUAAAAGUAUUUUUGA